UUAUCAUGUUAUCAAAAAAAAUUAAAGGACAAAUUGCUGUGAAUGCUGACUGGCAAUGACUGUGUUCUUUUGCUGAAUUACUGGUGAAAAUGGCAAGCUGUGUAGUAUGUGUAAAGUUUUCCGAAAAGCCUGGCCGUCCUCGUUUAGAUGGGGUAGAUCUUGGUUCCGCUGUAGCAGAGUUCAGACAAAGAGUUUCGAGUGUAUUUGACAUUCCGGCGACAGAUAUUAAUCUGGUUUAUUGUGGAAAGUUGAUGAAAGAUUCUGACACUCUAUCAGGAUGUGGUGUGAAGGCAGGAUGUACUGUGUACAUUCUAAGAAAGAAGCUUCCAGAGCCUGAGGUCAAACCAGAACCUCUGGAUGAUAAUGGAAUCCGUCAACUCUUGAACGCACUUCAUGCUGCCCUACUGAACCCAGCGCAUAGGCAAGCUGUACACAAGAUUCUGACAAGCCCUGAAACAAUUGAUAACAUCAUUGCUGCUACACCUGGGAUGGCAACAGAUCAUAUCGCUAUGUCCAUGCUGAGGGACCCGCAACUCCUUGUUCAAGUGGCUGAUCCAGACAAUGUCAGAAGGAUUGUGAAAGCUCAUCCAGCGAUCGGUCACGCUGUGAUGCACAUAGCAGCGUCGGUCACUGAGGAGGCUGCCCUCAGUGGCAGAGGGGGUACUCUCGGACAAGAAACUCCAUUAGAUCCUGCCUUCUUCCCUGAUCUGACUUCUGAUGAAGAGAUGGAAACAGCUGAGGGUGGACCCAGCACAAGCCAGGGUACAGGUCAAAGAUCAAGAGGUCAAGGAGGCAUCACCACGGCACAGCUCACUGCUGCGCUGGCUGCGGCAGGAGUGGGUAGACAGGGCAAUGCAGGGAUGAUGUUAAGACCGUUUGAAGGACAAGUGAGCAGUGGGGGCAACCAACCCUCAGCCCCCGGCCAGCCUGCCAACCAGGGUGCUGCCCCAUCCCAAGGAGCAGGAGGAGGAGGAGGAGGGGCACAGUCUCUCCUCACAGCAGAUAUCUUCAGACAAGCAAUGAGUCAAGCUCUACAGGGAGCUCAGACUCAGAGAGGAAGAGGACCAGGGGACACCACUGAUGGGGGUACAUCAGCACCCCCUGUUCAAAACUUUGAGUCCCAAAUGCAGCAACUGAGAGACAUGGGACUGACAGAUGACGCUACAAAUCUGAGAGCGCUACAAACAACAGGUGGUGAUUUACAAUCAGCUUUACAUCUCAUUCUGGAAGGCAGGCUGUGAUGUAUGGACUGGUAAUACUAGAAUGAGAGUACUAAAAGCUAUGGGAUAGAUCUUCAGGCAGCAUUGCAUCUCAUUCUAGUGGGAAUGGUGUAUAUGGGCCAUUUAUUAUAAAGCCUUUUGAUUAAUCGUAAGGUUGAUAUUGAGCGUGGGUCUAUGGCCUAUCGUGUAUUGAUCAAACUUAAGAUAUGAUACGGGGCCUAGAAGUGUGGAUGUUUGUGGGGUGGGGGGCGUGGAGUACAUGCAAUUGAGCACUGUAAAAGCUACAUUAUCUCAGUCCCAAUUGCAGCAUUUGAGAGACAUGGAGCUGACAGACAAGACUACUAACCUGACAGUGCUAAAAGCUACAGGCUACAAGAGAUGAUCUACAAACAGCGUUACAUCUCAUUCUAGAAUCUAAAGGAUAGGAUGGGAUAGGAUUCAAACAAUUUGUAAUAUCCGGUGAAGGGGCACGUACUAACUUUUUAGCGCUGCAAGCUACCGGAAGAGACCUGGGCCCCAUUCCACAAAAAACUUGUCAUCAGUGACAAAUGACAGUUUUUGUUAUAAGCUACUGAACUCCUUGCCUCUGAUUGGUUAUCAGCAGAUUUGUCACUGAUUUUUGUCAUUUGUCAUUGACAAAAGGCUUUGUGAAAUGGGUCCUUGAAGGCAGCUUUACAUUCUACAGAGUAGGAUUAUUUGAUUCGAAGACUAUUCAAUAGGGCUGAGGGCUUUGGGACUUAUCUCCUGUUCUGAAAGUGCUACAAGCUUGCCGAGGAGACGUCCAGGUAGCAUUACAUCUUAUUCUAGAGGGCAGGAUGAGGGGCAUACUCUAGAUUUACAGGCAGCCUUCCAUGUCCUUCUCAUUAUAGAUAGCAGGCAGAAUAUAUUUUUGUCUGUUCAGAGGCAAAAGGGCAUUGACUCUGUAUUGAAGUAUACAAUUUAAUGCCCUUCUGGCUCUAAACAGACGAUAUAAUGCCUGAUAAAUAAUCAGGGGAAACCCAUUUUUGCAUAGUACAUGUAGUCAUAUUACCUGUGCAAGAUCAAAUUGAGGCAUUGUUAACAUUAAUAAAGAAGACUCUCAGUUCUCAUUCGUGUGGAUGUGAAGAUUAUCACAAUAUCUGUUUUUAUAUAUGUAUAUUGAUGGCCUUAUUGAGGGAAGUUAGAAGGGGUUGUCACUAUCCUAGAAUGUGCAGCUUCAAGAUUACUUUUCUCCUUUUAUUCACAGGAUAUUUUGGAAUAAUGGGCAAUGCCUGUCAAGAUAUGGGAACAUCUACAUUCAACUCUCCUCAAUAUUUACAUAAUGUUGCAUACAUUAUAUCUUUCUUAUAAUUCAAUAGUCCAGAACCCUACAAGUUUCCUUAUAAAUUAUGAGGCAUUUCACAAUCUUGAAUCAAAGUUCUCCACGCUAUAAAAAGUUGGCAAGGAAGUAAAUAGAUGUGUAAUGAUAGCAUAAUCCACAAAGUUUCUACAUGUACAUAAAUAAGUAAUGCACGACAGUAAUAACGUGUAUUUCGUUAACCGGUAUGUUCUUGCUCAUAUUUAAAUUAUUAAAGUGUUCUUGAUAGUAACUCUA